CUUGCUUGCUGCCAACAACGCCCCUGGUCCAGCUUUCUUCCAACCAAACUCAUUCUUAUCGUUUGCCUGCGUUUCCUGCACGGGAACCUCGACCCCGUAUACCCCAGUUCAUUCAGCGACUUACGCCCUCGUAACGCACAAGGCUCCGCCUUCGACUGAUUCCCACCGUCAUAUCCCAUUCAACCCCCGUCUGGCCCUGCUGGCUUAUUCUGUCCCGGAAGCGGUUGCCCCCGGUCAGUCUGAGCACCUAAGCCGGGCACGUUUGUCUCUCCAGCACAUCUCUGGCCCUUAAUCAGCUCCGUGCUUGUCCCCCUGCACCUUUAUCGCACCGCCGUGGUAUCGACUCCAACGCUUUCUCUCAUCUGUCCUCAGCUUGGUCUCUCCGUCGCUGCUAGGUCCUUGCACAGGCUGCAGAACCACUUGUCGCCCUUUUGCCGCAUUGCCAGUCACGCUGGCCGCAUAACCGUGGGUCACACCGCACUCGUUCUCCACGACGUUGUGGAUAACGCCGAUCCGGACAACGCUAGUAGUCUCCCCCUGUAUAUCUAUGCGAGUGUCUAUAGAAAGCUCUAAUCGCCGUCGCAACCCGCCUCACCGCUCACCGCUGAUAUCGUCCUUGUCAACAUGGCCCACGUUAUGCAACCUGGUGCAGGUCAUUUCUCUGGCACAUAUAUCCCCACAAUGGCUGGAUGGGUACAAGCGAAUGCGUUCUACAACGCCGUCCCGUUCAACUCCAAGCCCCCUCCAGUCCCUCCAGGCGUAAACCCCCAGGUAUGGAUGAAUGGCCAGUGGCAGCCGAACCCGAUGUUUCGUCCCCAGCCCGGUAUGACGCAGGGCCAGCCCAUGUGGGCGCCUCAUCCAGGCUGGGGUGCGGCGGUCGCGCAAGCGCAAGGACAGAGCAAUUUCAACCCGCACAAGCGGGUGGCGAACCCUGGUGAUCCAUCGUACUGGGCGACGAAGUUGUCGGAUAACCCGCUGGGGUUGGAGAACAUGCAUAUCAAGGAUCCUGUACCGACUUCUGAACGGCAUGUGAAGGAGCAGAACGGUGUCCCUCAUACACCGUGGGUCUGGGUGCCGAAGGAGCUGAUGAGCAGCGAGGAAGCCAGUAAGUCCCUGAACAACACCAGUAACCCUGCUUCCCAGGGCGGCCACCCGCAAUCGCAGCAGACCGACAAGGCACUUCCCGCUCCUCCCUACACUUCAUCAUCUCGCGACCACUCCCGUGCGCCCAGUUCCUCCCAGCGAGACGCGUUUUCCAACCAACAGUACCCUGCGUCGUCACAUAGCCGGUCUUUGCAGCAAGCGCCCGGUCCCGCUCCUCCCACGUCAGCGCCAGCUGCGGUGUCAUCCUAUUCCUCCUACCACCAGCAGCAACAGCAACGUCCUCAGGAGACGCAGCGCCCUGCCGAGCGGUAUCCUUCUGCCCCGCCGCAGCAACCGCAGCAGCAGGAUACCUCGGUGCACGCACGGCAGCACAGCCAUGAAACUUCUGUUCGGCCCUCUGCCGAGUCCCAGUCGUACCGAGAUUAUCGUACCCCUUCUGCGUCCGCGUCCGCGUCUGCGUCCUCAUCCGCAUCUGCGGCAGCCGCAGCACGGGAGCGGGAACGGGAACGGGAACGGACCUCAUCGGGCGAUCGAGAGCAGCGCGACCCCCAUCGCACGAGCGAGGCCUACAGCGAGUCCCGGGAGCCACUGCAACCGACGUUCUCCCCCAAGAUAGUUCGCACUCCCCGUCAUUACUCAUCAGGAUCAAGACCUUCGAGUCAUGAAGAGAGCAAUGAUACUCCGACGAGGACACCCCCUCUCGGUAGCAUCUAUGCGUCCGCCAGCAACGCUCCCUCGCGCUCCAACAGCAUGAGCGUGCGCCGACAGUCCACGAUGCCUCCCUCGGUGAAUACAUCUGUUUCUACUACGCCCCCCAGCUCCCUCGGCCUGCUCACGUUUACUGAGGAGCCUCAGGCUCUGCUCAGUCCGCUUGUCGUGGGCAGCACACCCCCGAUGGAAACUAAACCCAGUCCUGGCCGGGAUGUUGGUCGAAAUGGUGCUCGGGACGUCGGUCGGAGUCAGACUUUCCCCGUAAUUGAGCGUCCUGGAUACGACGUAGCAUUCUCUGGCGAAGCGAGCGAGCGGGAGGGCAAGACUUAUCCGCGCACGCCCCGUCCGCGGGAAGGUUCACGACAGCGCCUGUCCGCUGACCACGAGUACGAACGUGGAGGAGAUCGCGACCGAUCCGCGAACGUGACGCCUCAGCCACCGACGCGCACCCCCCCAAUGCACACUCAGCCCACGCGCACCCCACCUAGUCGGACGUCCCCAUCGUCGUACAACACGCGACCGUCGCCCGAGACCGGUGCAUAUCACGCGCGUCAGAUUUCGAGGAGUCACACCUAUCCCUCCGUCGCGCCUGUUAUCCCACCUCCAGUGGUCCCCCCUCCCGUGAUUCCCUCGCCCCCAUCGACAUCACCUCGUUAUGGCUCAUCGUCCCAACAUCAUUCGUUCAGCUCUUCCCACCACCACUCCUCGAGUACCUCUCACCAACACCAGCCGUCGCGGGACUACUCGAAUUCAACCCACCAAUCACAAGCGCAGCAGUACCCCUCGAACUCAUACUCGAGCUCGUCGUACUCCCGCACCUCGCCGAAUGCAAACUCUUCGCGCUCCCGCGCUGCCUCGCCCUUGCGUCACAAUCCGCUCCCACGUCCGCCGGCCGUCUCUCCGUAUACCGAGUCCCUCGCCCGAGGCGGCGUUACGUCCGCGUCCGCCGCUGCGGCUGCGCACCAACAAAGCUCCUCAUAUCAACCUCGGCGGACGGUCCGCCUGGGGUAUUGGAAUCGGCGGGGCGACCACUUGUACGUGACGGACAAGGGGGAGCGGUUUAUCGUGUAUGCGCUACGCCACCUUGCGAAUCCCGAGGAGCUCAGGCAGUAUCCGGCGCCCACGGAAGGCUGGUUGGACCAUCGCGGUGACUUCAUCAAGUACGACCCGAAGGUCCCGGAGCUGCUCGACUCGCUGCCUGUGCAAGGGGAUAUUCCCAAGCGUCCCUACUCAUCUUUCGUUCAGUACGUCGAUGUCUGAAGUUGUCGAACAAUGCGAAUGGUCUUCCUCGGCUCGGGUAUCCAGAUUGAAAGGACGCAAAUCUUUUAUCCAUCUCGUGUGUCUCUGCGAACCCCUCUCUUUCGUCUAUUGUUGUUUAUCUAUCCAAUGUACCAAUUAGUUACCACUUACCUGGAUAUCUGCAUACAACCAUUCCCAGCCCCACCAACCGACAACCCACUGUAUUCCCCGCGCAAACCUUGCUUGCCCAUGCAAUAUGUAUUCUCUUAUCGUCUAUCGAAUCCAUACACACCGUCUCAUACGUGAUACGUGCUUACCAUC